UGUAACUAACAUCAUUUUGACUCUUCUAUAGUUUAACGAUAUUAAAAGUGUGUCCUAGUGGUGGCCUCUUGAUUGGAAGAUUGGAGUUUAGUCCAUAUGAAACCAGCGCUGGCUUUCAGAGAUGCCAAGCACCUAAUGGGAGGAAGAUGAGACAUUGAAAGAGGAUCAACAAUCUGGAUGGUUAGUGCACGUAGGGAUGCUAGAGCGUUGUCACAGCGACACAACUUGCCAGGAUACUGUGCACGCGCCCCGCCGGGAGAGAGAGGGGAACGGGAGCGCGCAAAAGAGGCACUCGCUCACGCCCGGCAUCUUUUCGGUGCACGUCUACCGGUAUAUCACGGGAAACCAUCGCUUCUACGGAGCGACGAAGCAGGCAAGCACCACCAUCAUUCAAAUCGUCCUCGGCAUUCAAAUUGUCGUUGGAGCUAUCCUCUCCAUCGCCGAAGGGCAAGCCGGGAUGUGCUUUUUGUCUAACCGCUUUUGAAGUGACCGUUGACAAUUUAGCUAUAUAAGGAAUUAAACUAUAUCGUUUUGUUUUAACAAAGAGAUAAAGAGACGCGUCGGUUAAAACGGAUCAAACGAGCAAUUAAUUUAUUAUUAUUGCUAUGCUGAAGAGGCGGGGAUGCUACCGCCGUGUAGCCUACCUUGGUGGAAGAAUCAUUCCAAAGCCCGAUUGCACGCUUUCAUCGCGUGUGUAAUGCGCCUCACGCAGCAAAAGGCUUUAUUUUUUGGUAACCUACUCGUUUCCUUGCGUGAUUGUGUACGGUCCCUCAGCAGAAUGUUGUAGCCCAGUCAGUCUUCGGGUCGGUGGUUGGUUUGAACGGUUUUGUAAUUAAACAGAAACCGGCAAACGCGUUCGUGAAAAGGCUCUCCUCCAAGGACUAUGCUUCAAUAUUUUCCGUUCUGAAGGAACGGUAUGGCAACCAUCUAGAAUUCACUGAGGACGAUAUCAAAAUCUUCCUUUUGAAAAAAACCUUAGAAUCCUGUUUCCCGUUUAGACCACCUAACAGGGUCGGCGUGCGACCGGAACCGUUGACCAGAAACUCUGACUGCAGACAUUGACCGUGAUGAGGACUGCACAGGAAGAUGGAACGUAACAGAGUUCUGUCCGUGGAACCGCUCUUGACCGCAACUGUAGAAAACCGACACUGAGCACAAUCACCCCUUCUGAAGGUCGCCCGUUCUCCCUUUCACCUCCCACCCCUCCAGCCCCCCACCUUGUUUUGCGAGGCACACCCCCUUGCGUGUACACUACUCCACCCGUCCGCCUGCAAGCUCGCCCUCGCUUCACACCUCCCCCUGUUUCUUAAACCCUUUUUGGCACUGCUCCCUCGUUUUCUGACCUCCCCUUCAUGAACAGCGAGUCCUCGUCUGGACACAGACGGACAUGCGGCUCUUCCAUUUGUCCUCGUGUAAGCAUAGUGGGCGGGGCCUGGACUCUAGUCUCCGCCCCCGCUGCUACAUGGCCGACACCUGUCUGGUGUGGCUGCUGGGCCUGGCUCUCCGCCUCUCCCUGACCUCCUGCCAGAAGAUGGACUCGGCCGGCAAGCAGCCCGUGGUGACCACCAACUACGGCAAGCUGCGAGGACUCAAGAAGGACCUGAACAACGAGAUCCUGGGGCCCGUGGAACAGUACCUGGGCGUACCCUAUGCUACUGCGCCUAUCGGGGACCGCCGCUUCCAGCCGCCCGAGGCACCGGGCUCGUGGCAGGAGAUCCGCAACGCCACGGCGUUUGCCCCGGUGUGCCCGCAGAACGUCCACGGCGUGCUCCCGGAGAUCAUGCUGCCGGUGUGGUUCACGGACAACCUGGAUGUGGCGGCUGGGUACAUCCAGAACCAGAGCGAGGACUGCCUCUACCUCAACAUCUAUGUGCCCACCGAGGACGGUCCGCUCACAAAAAAACACGAUGAGUCUACAAUGAACAGACCGCGGGAUGAAGACAUCCGUGACCGUAGGAAGAAGCCAGUGAUGCUGUUUAUCCACGGCGGCUCCUACAUGGAAGGAACCGGAAACAUGUUCGACGCCAGCGUCCUUGCCGCAUAUGGCAACGUCAUUGUGGUCACCAUGAACUACCGUCUGGGUGUGCUCGGUUUCCUGAGCACGGGGGACCAGUCGGCCAAGGGGAACUACGGCUUGCUGGAUCAGAUCCAGGCCUUGAGGUGGCUCAAUGAGAACGUGGGCCAUUUCGGGGGCGACCCCGAGCGCAUCACCAUCUUCGGCUCCGGGGCGGGGGCUUCCUGUGUCAACCUCCUCAUCCUCUCGCACCACUCCGAGGGUAAGGGGCAUUCUGGGUUGUUCCAGAGGGCCAUCGCCCAGAGUGGCUCAGCCAUCUCCAGUUGGUCGGUCAACUACCAACCCCUGAAGUACACCAAGAUCCUGGCCCGGAAGGUGGGCUGCAGCCACUCGGAGACAGCCGAGCUGGUGGACUGCCUGAGGAAGAAGAACUUCAGGGAGCUGGUGGACCAGGACAUCCAGCCGGCCAGGUAUCACAUCGCCUUCGGACCCGUGGUGGACGGAGAUGUGGUGCCGGACGACCCAGAGAUCCUCAUGCAGCAGGGGGAGUUCCUGAACUAUGACAUCCUGAUAGGGGUGAACCAGGGGGAGGGCCUCAAGUUUGUGGAUGACAGUGAAGACAACGACGGGAUCUCAGCGGCAGCGUUUGACUACACCAUCUCUAACUUUGUGGACAAUCUCUAUGGAUACCCAGAAGGUAAGGACAUCCUGAGGGAGACCAUCAAGUUCAUGUACACAGACUGGGCAGAUCGCGACAACGGAGACAUGAGGCGUAAAACCCUCCUGGCCCUGUUCACGGACCACCAGUGGGUGGCGCCGGCGGUGGCCACGGCCAAGCUGCACGCCGAGUUCCAGUCUCCGGUCUACUUCUACACGUUCUACCACCACUGUCAGACGGAGACCCGGCCGGAGUGGGCGGACGCGGCCCACGGGGACGAGAUCCCCUACGUGUUCGGGGUCCCCAUGAUCGGCGCCACCGACCUGUUCCCCUGUAACUUCUCCAAGAACGACGUGAUGCUAAGUGCCGUGGUCAUGACGUACUGGACCAACUUCGCCAAGACCGGGGACCCCAACCUGCCGGUGCCUCAGGACACCAAGUUCAUCCACACCAAACCCAACCGCUUCGAGGAGGUCAUCUGGACCAAGUUCAACUCCAAGGACAAGCAGUACCUCCACAUCGGCCUGAAGCCCCGCGUCAGGGACAACUACCGGGCCAACAAGGUGGCCUUCUGGCUGGAGCUGGUCCCACACCUCCACACCCUCCACGAUGAACUCCUCAACCCCACCACCACCAAGCUGCCCCCGGGCGGCACCCGCCCCCCCGGGGGGACUCGGAAGCCCAAGCUCCGCACCACGGGCCACCCCUACCCGACCUUCCCGGACCCGGUGGAGCCUUACGGGUCUGAGAGGCCCCGGAUCGAGCUCUUCCCCGGGGACACGCGGGACUAUUCCACGGAGCUGUCGGUGACGGUGGCGGUCGGAGCGUCGCUGCUCUUUCUCAAUAUCCUGGCGUUCGCGGCGCUCUACUACAAGCGGGACAAGCGGCAGGAGCUGCGGCGCCACAGGCUGUCGCCGCAGCGCCACGGCGGAGCGGCCAACGACCUGGCACACAGCCAGGAGGAGGAGAUCAUGUCCCUGCAGAUGAAGCACUCGGAGCACGACCCCCACCACGACAUGGAGCCCCUCCGGCCCCACGACGUUCUGCGGCCUGCCUGCCCGCCCGACUACACCCUGGCGCUGCGGAGGGCGCCGGACGACGUCCCCCUCAUGACCCCCAACACCAUCACCAUGAUCCCCAGCACCAUCGCCGGCAUGCAGCCCCUCCACCCCUUCAACACCUUCCCCAGCACCGGCCACAACAACACCCUGCCCCACCCCCACUCCACCACACGCGUAUAGUAGGGUUAGAGCUCCCCCUGGGGGACCAGAGGACCAACACGCUUUGGUUUACCUCUGUUGGAUCCUCACAGAUAUCUCGCCCUCUAUCACUCUCUCUUGCUCUCUGUUUCUUCAGCCGUCAGCCUGAUGCUGUGUACUUCCUACAGUGCCACCUGCUGGGUGAAGUGGAAGUGCAGCUGAACUGCAGGGGCAGCUGGUCUUUGUGGGGGUUCAUUUUCGACAUGUAGAAAUAUGUUUGAGGGGGUCUUGUAUUCUCCGACUCCGACAGCCCCCAAAAACCUGCCCACAUGACGAUCCUCUGCCUCUUAGCUGUACAUUUCAUGUUGUUUUUUCACCCACCUCUUUGGGUUUCUUUUCAUCAGGGUGUGGGGCAAGGGGGUGGUUCCUUUCUGAUGAGUUGGAAACAUCUCCCUCAUCUCAUAUGCUUGUACUUUUUAUGGCGUCUUCUCUUUUUAACAUCACUCCAUUUCCCUCCUCUGUAGUUUCCCCUCAACUCACCCUUGCAAUGCUCCGUAACCUCUACGGAUUGUCGAGUCUUUUUUAUACAGUGCAUACAGUAAGCAUAUAUCAUGAAAAUAUUGAUAUUCUGAUAUUGUCUUUCUACCAGCAUUAUUGGUGCCAAGUACUGUGUUGUUUUCCCAUGGGAGGGGAACUGAGAGGACCUGGGGCGAGGAGCUGUCUCAAGAUCCAGCACUCUUACGUGCUCAUGAAAAGUGCCAAAAUGGCCUACCUUGUGCUUUUCUUUCUUUCCAUCUUUUUUCAACGUUUGUCUGUUUGAUUGUUGCUCUCGGUUCUUGUUUUUUGUGGAAAGAUUUUUAAAUAUAUAGAUAUAUAUAUAGUUAUAUAAAUGUGUACAAAGAAGAAACUAUAUAAAUGGUUUGAUCAUUGGGGAUCUAUGCAUGAAUUAUUUUUAAAAAACGACGAUGGGGGGAAAAUGUGCACACGUCUCCCGUCAAACCAUUUCUGUCUCUGUUUCAUAUUUCAUGGCUUCUUGUUUUGUUUUCGGGACGAAUGAGAAACUGCAACAUCUUUUACAGAAACAAAAAAACUGACAGGAAACAAACAGGAAAAUACACAAUGAUUAAAUGACACAUUGCUUAUCAUCUCCCAUUCGCCGCGUUAUUUCCUGCUUUCACCAUACAGACAUGCUACCCCAGUAAAUCAUAUACACCUUUAUUUAACGCAGUUCGCACAAAGCCGAUGCCAUUCGAAGCACUCAACCGAAAGAACCCCUAAACAGAACAGAAACAUCAAUUAGUCACAUUUGGACCCGACUCUCCCUCCGUCGAACUCAUCCUUGUCCUGCUCCGCUAUCCCCUGGCCAGAGGCCCCUGAGGGCCACUCAUACGUAACGUGGGUUCUCAGUGCCACCGUCGCAGCUCUGCCUCCUAAGAACCGAGCCGUCCACAGAGCCUAGGGGCUGUUGUCUCUCUGUGUGAGUCAUUAUGGCAGACAUAGAAGCUUUGGACUGCCUCUGAAAUGACAGUCUAUUCCCUGUAUAGUUAAAAAUAGUGUCCUACAAAGAGAAUGGAUUGCCAUUUAGGACACAGAGCUAUAGUUGUUGGUGUCCAUUAUUCCCCGGGCCAAAAGAAGGGCAUUAUUUAGGGAACAGCCUGCAGGUGUUGAAGUAGCAGGUGGAGCUGUUGUUCACCACCAGGGCCUGUGUGUCUGUUUCCUCAGCCUCUCUCAUAUCUGUCUGUUGUUCACCACCAGGGCCUGUGUGACUGUUUCCUCAGCCUCUCUCGUAUCUGUCUGUUGUUCACCACCAGGGCCUUUGUGACUGUUUCCUCAGCCUCUCUCGUAUCUGUCUGUUGUUCACCACCAGGGCCUGUGUGUCUGUUUCCUCAGCCUCUCUCAUAUCUGUCUGUUGUUCACCACCAGGGCCUGUGUGUCUGUUUCCUCAGCCUCUCUCGUAUCUGUCUGUUGUUCACCACCAGGGCCUGUGUGUCUGUUUCCUCAGCCUCUCUCAUAUCUGUCUGUUGUUCACCACCAGGGCCUGUGUGACUGUUUCCUCAGCCUCUCUCGUAUCUGUCUGUUGUUCACCACCAGGGCCUGUGUGACUGUUUCCUCAGCCUCUCUCAUAUCUGUCUGUUGUUCACCACCAGGGCCUGUGUGACUGUUUCCUCAGCCUCUCUCAUAUCUGUCUGUUGUUCACCACCAGGGCCUGUGUGACUGUUUCCUCAGCCUCUCUCAUAUCUGUCUGUUGUUCACCACCAGGGCCUGUGUGACUGUUUCCUCAGCCUCUCUCAUAUCUGUCUGUUGUUCACCACCAGGGCCUGUGUGACUGUUUCCUCAGCCUCUCUCAUAUCUGUCUGUUGUUCACCACCAGGGCCUGUGUGACUGUUUCCUCAGCCUCUCUCGUAUCUGUCUGUUGUUCACCACCAGGGCCUGUGUGACUGUUUCCUCAGCCUCUCUCGUAUCUGUCUGUUGUUCACCACCAGGGCCUGUGUGACUGUUUCCUCAGCCUCUCUCAUAUCUGUCUGUUGUUCACCACCAGGGCCUGUGUGACUGUUUCCACAGCAUCUCUCAUAUCUGUCUGUUGUUCACCACCAGGGCCUGUGUGACUGUUUCCUCAGCCUCUCUCAUAUCUGUCUUAGUGCUGGCAGUUCUCACUCACCCUCUUUUUUGUCACACACUCUCUUGUUCUCUCCCAAUGUCUUCGCCUCUAUUUCCAGCGCAUGCAUAUUCUGUUUGAUGAGCAUCUGUGUGUGUGUCUGGUGUGUGUGUGUGUGAUCAUGUCAGCCCAGCUUCACAGGGGCAUGGGUAAUUAGACUGCAGAGGGGAACACGUGGGGAGAGGGAGCGUGAGGAAGAGUCAGACAUUUCAUCUCAGAGACUCGUCCCCACGGUGCCAAACCCCACGCGGAAAUAACUUUCCUCCGACUGAUUUCGCGCGCCCUCGUCCAUUCUUCACAUCAUGUUCUCCCCGCCACGCGCUCCUUUCUUUCACCCCUUUUAUUCUUCAGUACAAGUCUUCUGUACACACACGAUUUAACUAUGAACUGUAGCUACACGAAUGUGAACCGUUGAGAGUAGACCUUCACCGAUGUAUUGUUACUGUAACCUGCAUCUCCUGAGCUCCUCCCCCGGCCACUCCCCCAGCCCCUGUUGCCGCCUCCUUUGCUCCACCCCUGUAGACUGACCUGCAAGCACACUGACCAAUGACAGGGUUCCUAUCAUCCAGGCCAGGUCAGGUUCUAGGAUAAUAGAACCAGAAGGGUUGCGGAGUAAGAGGGAAAGUGAUCCGCAGUUGUUAUCUCUUCUUUUUUCUUUUUGACAAGGGAGGGGCACGUAAACAUCGAGGGAUAGUACAGAACAUUCCCCGUCCGUAAUGCUCCAAGAUGUCCAGCAGAGGGAGCCGACGGGUUAAUAUGACUGGUCCCCAAGAAGCCAACUGUCUACACGCGGAGCCACGGUGCACAGUACCCCCCCCCCCCCAUGGGAAAGCCAUUGUGUUUCGCUUUUGAUGUUCCUUUGGUUACUACUUUAUGGCCGCGCAAAGGAAUGUGGAGGUGGGGAGGCCGGGGGGUGGGGAGGCCGGGGGCGUAUGGUGCAGACAAAACAGUCACACAGACUUGACCGGGGCCGUGGCUUCGGGGGGAGUCGGGGGAUCUACCGCAUGUAAUAGUGGAAAACAGGAAGGACGGGCGACUCAAAGUCAUCUUCACCGCCUUAAACCAAUGGGAAAGGGUGUGAGAUGUGACUGGUCUACCGGGACAGCGGACAGGCUCAGGCACCAACAUCAUACUCCAGCGAUGGUAAUGAUCGGAGACAUUAGUCUUGUCAAGAGGAUUUGUGCCAAUAGAUCCUAGUCAACUAUUUUAUACAUAGUCCUGUGAAUAAGAGGGGGUGGGGGGGUUGCAUAGGACACUUCUAGAAGAACAGCGACAGAUGCAAUUUUCUUUUCUCGGUUCUUUUCCUUGUCUCUUUUAUAAGCUUACACACUAGACCGUGCAAUGGUGACCAAAAAAAUCACCAUAACAACCGACUUCUCUGAACAUUCUGAAUGUGGGGUAAUAGAGUGUUGUGCUACACAGGGACACAAAGAAGAGCAAAACUGUACAUUUCUAAGUGUAAGAACGAACAGACAAAUCUUUGUAAAUAUUUACGUUUCUUUUCUUUUUUUUCUUUUCAUUUUCUUUUUUUUUUUUGGAGUGAAUGAAUGAAAUGACUUCCUUUGUGACUACAACCGAGACAACAGGUGCAUGUUGAUACGGGCCACCAGCUGGCAUUGUACCGUACGCCAUUUCAAUGUGUCACUGACGGCCUUAGGAAAGACGCUCUCUUGUUCCGCCGGGCCUGUGUUUCUUCGACGCGUGAUGUGGCAUAGUUGUGCGGAGCCGAGUCGACACCAGACCUUCAGAACAGCCGUGAACAGUUGUCCGUGUAGCAUCUUGACUAGGGAAGCGAGCACCGUAGCAAGGAUAAGGACCCGACGUCGGUCUUUGCUGUCGGUCGUAGGGUCUCCCACAUUGCAGUGGGACAAGCAUAAGGUCAGGCCUCCAUCGGCUGCGUACCACGGCGGCCGAUCUGCAUGCUGAUGCAGGAUACCUCAAAGGUGUAAUCUGGACCUCCCAGUUUCCCCCGGUUUAAACUACGAAAGUAAUAAGCUUCUGUUCGAAAAAAGAUUUUUGUUGUUGUUGUUGCAGGAGACAGAUUAAGCCUUUAAAAACCUCCUUGUGGCCUCUGGUGUCUGGAUCCACCCUCUGCUGACUCCAGUACUGUAGCGUAGCACCAGAAUCACAGGGAGACUGGGAAACGAGGGCUUUCUGUAACCGAACACGCCUACAGUCUAGCCUGAUCUCACAUGCCACUAGGCCGCCUUGCCUACCACUAAGGUCCUUGUCAAGACUAGCGGUUGACAAGACGGCACAAACAGGUCUGGGAGCAGGCUACGGUAUCCUCAUCGGAAAUCCCAUACUGCGGGUGGGCCACAUGCCACCCUGAAUACACUGUGUUAUGUACAAUGUGCGUGUAUAUGUCUUGUUCAUUUAGGUUACAGUGCUAUCUCCACUAACUACAGUGACCUUAUCAGAAGCCGUUGGUACACCUGCGAUUUCCUUCCUGGUGGGAAUUGUGUGGUGGGAAUGCUCUGCGUUGACUUCUGCACCCCUAGUGGUCGGACAGCCGAACUGCAUAUCAAGACACGCACAGAUGUGGACCUGUGUUUCUUAACGGACGCCCCCUCUCCCUGCAUGUUUUAGAUCUCUCCAUGCCCUAACAUACCUGAUUAGGCUCAUGAAGGACUUGAUAAUGAGCUGAUCAU